GUGUGACCGCUUAUCACCAGUGCGCCAAUUUUUUUAUAAUUUUUUUUUCUGUCCCCUCCUCUGUCAACUCUGUCUAUCUCUCUCUCUUUUUUUGUUAUAACAACAAUAAAAUAACAAUGGCCGCAGUAGCUAAUGUUGAUGUCACUAAAUUGACUCCUUUGUCCCCUGAAGUAAUUUCUAAGCAAGCUACCAUCAAUAUCGGUACUAUUGGACAUGUAGCUCACGGUAAAUCAACUGUGGUUAAAGCUAUUUCUGGUGUUCAAACUGUUCGUUUCAAGAAUGAAAUGGAGAGAAAUAUUACCAUUAAGCUUGGUUACGCCAAUGCUAAAAUUUACAAGUGUAAUAAUUCCGAGUGUCCCAGACCUGGUUGUUACAAGUCUUAUGGUUCCGGAAAGGAGGACAAUCCUCCAUGUGAACGUCCUGGCUGUGGUGGCACCAUGCAACUUGUCCGUCAUAUUAGUUUUGUUGACUGUCCCGGUCACGAUAUUCUUAUGACUACUAUGCUUUCAGGUGCAGCUGUCAUGGAUGCCGCAUUAUUAUUAAUUGCCGGUAACGAAUCUUGUCCUCAACCACAGACUUCAGAACAUCUUGCAGCUAUCGAAAUCAUGAAGCUUCAACAUGUCAUCAUCCUUCAAAAUAAGGUCGAUCUUGUAAAGAAAGAAGCUGCGCUCGAACAACACAAAGAUAUUCUUGCAUUCGUAAAGGGUACUGUUGCUGAUGGUGCCCCAAUUGUUCCUAUCUCAGCCCAACUUAAAUACAAUAUUGAUGCUGUGAAUGAAUACAUUACCAAGAAGAUUCCUGUUCCUGUUCGUGAUUUUGCAGCUGUUCCUCGUUUGAUUGUGAUUCGUUCAUUUGAUAUCAACAAGCCAGGUGCUGAUGUAGAUAAUCUCCAAGGUGGUGUUGCUGGUGGCUCAAUCUUGAAGGGUGUCUUGAAGAUUGGUGAUGAUAUCGAAGUUCGUCCUGGCGUGAUCAUCAAAGAUCAAGAAGGACGUAUUCGUGCUCGUCCUAUCUUAUCCAAGGUUUUGACCUUGCUCGCAGAACACAAUAAAUUGGAAUUUGCUGUUCCCGGUGGUUUAAUUGGUGUUGGUACUCAAAUGGAUCCUACCUUAUGUCGUGGCGAUCGUUUGGUUGGUCAAGUACUUGGUUAUCCUGGAACAUUACCUUCAAUCUAUACAGAACUCGAAAUUUCUUACUUCUUGCUGCGUCGUUUAUUGGGUGUAAAGACAGAUGAUAAGAAGCAAGCCAAGGUUGCUAAAUUAUCCAAAGGUGAAUUGCUCUUGGUCAAUAUUGGUUCAGUUUCAACUGGUGGUAAGGUCGUUGGUGUCAAGGCUGAUCUUGCAAAGAUUGUGUUGACUGGCCCCACUUGUACCGAAAUUGGUGACAAGGUAGCUAUUUCUAGAAAGAUUGAAAGACAUUGGCGUCUCAUUGGUUGGGGUAAGAUCAAGCGUGGUACUGUUUUAGAAGCUGAAGCCAAUUAAGACAUAUUGUAUACUCACAUUUACGCAUAUAAAGUUUGUAAAUUUUUUAAUGAAUAAGCUGCUUUUGACUUUUUACUUGGUUUCUUGUUUGUCAUUUUUAAAUCCAGCGACGGUUGAAGUUUCUUUUUUUUUU